AUGGAUCCGUCCUCAAGGAAGAAGCAGAUAAGGGCCGACAUAGCUAGUCAUGUAGGGAAUUCGGAUUAUGUCAAGUCCAAAUUAAGUUGUAAAGCUAAAGCUCAAUAUGAAGCAUUGCCCCGUGAGAUAAGACAUGGUUCAUUUGAAGGGAUUAUGGCAGCCUUGUCCAGGGCCAAUAAGGAAGACGAUCAAACGAAGAAGAAAUUAGAAACUCAAACAAUAGCGGAGUACUGCGUAGAGCUGGAGAGAUUGUCGGCCAAAGCAUACCCUGAACUGGAUGAGGUAACCUUGUCGACGGUUAGAGCGCACCAGUUGUAUGAACAGGUAGUCCAUUGGCCGGAGUCCUACUACUUCAUGGAAGCCAUGGAGAAGGACGGGGGUACUGCGUAUGCAAGCUUGAAGCAAGCGGCAAUGCACGUAGAAAGAAGAAGACUGACGCUGGAAAAUGUGAAGGAGCAACAUGUUAGAAGGCCUGCAGUUGUUAGAAGGCCUGCAGUAAGGCAAGAUGAGGUCAGGAACCAGCGAUUCGGUAGAGCGGAAACCUUGGGAACCAUGCAGGAAGCUAGGAAGGAGAAUGCAGCAAGGAAUGAAAAACUAGAUAAUGUGCAACAACAUAGUGUGUCAGGUGGAACUCAGAUAACUGCAAGGGCAGAGGGCACAAAGCCAAAGACUCUAAAAAGGAAAAGGCACGGACAGAAGUGCAUAACCAAAGUAGACGUAUGUGGUAAGGCUUUGGUAGCAUUACUGGACACUGGUUCAGAAGUAUCAAUUUUGCCCAUAAACGUAUUUCGUGAGCUCAAAGAGAAGGUCACAGGCUACGGGAGCAUGAGGUGGACGGAAGCAUACGCAUCCGGACGCUUCAGGAAAUCGCAUGAAGUUCACGAGCUUGGUAGAGGUACCGUUAUCCGGACUAGGUGA